CGCUCCCCCCCACCCACCACACACCACGCCUAUGGCGCGAAUAAUAAUAAAUAGGCCGCUUCACCGCCGCGUGUGAUCCGGUUGCCCGUGUGUUGGUGUGCGGCAAGCCGAAGCUGUCAAACCCCGCGCGAACGAACGGCACGAACGCGAAAUGGCAGACCAGCUUACAGAAGAGCAAAUUGCGGAGUUCAAGGAGGCGUUCUCCCUUUUUGACAAGGAUGGCGACGGUACCAUCACUGUCAAGGAGCUGGGCACCGUCAUGAGGUCUCUGGGCCAAAAUCCCACCGAGGCUGAGCUGCAGGACAUGAUCAAUGAGGUGGAUGCCGAUGGAAAUGGAACCAUUGAUUUCCCCGAGUUUCUGACAAUGAUGGCGAGAAAAAUGAAAGACACCGAUAGUGAGGAAGAGAUACGAGAAGCUUUCCGAGUGUUUGACAAGGAUGGGAAUGGCUACAUCAGUGCGGCAGAGCUGCGUCACGUCAUGACGAACCUGGGGGAGAAGCUCACGGACGAGGAGGUGGACGAGAUGAUACGAGAGGCUGACAUCGAUGGAGACGGACAAGUCAACUAUGAAGAAUUUGUCCAAAUGAUGACAGCAAAGUGAAUGUGAAAGGCGUUCAACCAAACGAUGAAGAACAAAUUGCUAUUUUUAGGACAUACUUGAGGAAAAAACUCAAAUCUUGACGUAUGUUUCCGUGUGUCGCCCACUACUCAUUAAAGAGGAACAAGUUACUGGAAUGCUGUCUACAGAAAAUGUUAUACAUGUCUAUAAUGGAUUUACAGCUGUAAUCAGCUAACAGCCAUCAGUAUCUUUAUUCCAUUUUAAUUAUUUAAUAUGCAUGAAAAUAGCUUAAAUAAGCAAAAGUGUAGUUUGAUAAUAGAGUGGUGGCAUUGGCCGAGACAUGUACAUAUAUUGUAUGUUGGAAUGAAUUCAUAGGAGACUGUUAAUUUUAUUGCCAAUUUGUCAAGUUUCAAGUUUCUCUGCAUCCUAUACAGAUGUUACUGCUUUGCACUAUGGUAUAUUUUAAGUGCUUGUGGGGUUUGUCUUUGCCAAAGUGUUUGGGUUAAUUUGUUUCGCAGACUAGCUUUUUAGACAACCAAAGCCCAGUUAUUCUGUGAUUCAUAUAGCGCAAACUCAAUGUUUGCUAUUGUGUUAUCUGAAGACCUCGGCCAGGCAUGUUAACGACAAACCUGCAUACACAUUCUGGUUUGCUAAAACUCCCAAUGUCAUUUAAAGUAAACAUCAAUUUACUGUAACGUGACGAUUGGUUAAUUCUGCUUAGUUACAACAAUCAUACACCAAUAUCUACAAUUGUUUUAAUUUUUUCUAUUUUUCUUUUUAAAUGUUGCAUGGGACUUGGUGAAUCUAUCUACGGUAGUGUUUAACUUAUAAAUAAACGCAUGGAGGCGGUGAAAAGGU